AUGUCCGCUCACAGAGAUAAGGUUGACGUUAAGUCGUUGCCCCAUGAGUUUAAGGAACCAGUUCAAUUAGCCAUUAUUGGAGGCACUGGUUUGUAUGAUUUACCAAACUUACAUCCGGUUGCUAGAUUAACAGUAUCUACCCCUUGGGGAUUCCCAUCCGGUCCCAUCACCAUCGCUCGUACUGAAGAUGGCUUCCCAGUUGCAUUCUUGCCUAGACAUGGUUUACACCACGAUUUAUUACCAACUGAUGUUCCUUCUAGGGCUAACAUUGCUGCUUUGAAGAGUUUGGGUGUUAAGGCUAUCAUUGCCUUCAGUGCUGUUGGUUCGUUGCAACCUGAAAUCAGGCCAAGGGACUUCGUCUUACCAACACAAAUCAUUGACCGUACUAAAGGUAUUAGGCCUUCGACUUUCUUUGAAAAGGGAUUUGUUGCUCAUGCUAUGUUUGGUGAACCAUUUGACCUCAAAUUGAACAAGUUGAUAAGUGAAGCUGUUCCUUCAUCAGGUUUCUUGGAACAAUUCGACAGUAAGUACGUGCCUCAAUUGCACACCAAGCACACUACCAAUGGUGGUGAAGAUUUGACUGUUGUUUGUAUGGAAGGCCCUGCCUUUUCAACUAGAGCUGAAUCUAAAUUGUACCGUACCUGGGGUGGUUCAGUUAUUAACAUGUCUGUUUUACCUGAAGCUAAGUUAGCUAGAGAAGCUGAGAUUGCUUACCAAAUGAUUUGUAUGUCUACUGACUACGACUCUUGGAAUGAAAGUGAAGAGCCUGUUACUGUUGAAACAGUUGUAGGUAACUUAAAGGCUAACUCCGCUAAUGCUUGUAAAUUGGCAGCUACUUUGGUUGAUGCGGUUGCUCAUGCUUUCGAAACUGGUGUCGGUAUUGGAGACGACUUGUCAGGUUCCAUGAAGUUUGCUGUUUCCACUUCACCUGACGGAGUUAAGAAGGAAUUGUUGGAAAAGAUGCACUUUUUGUUCCCAGGUUAUUGGCCCCUUCAUUGA